ACAACCCUACAGCAGGUGAAAAUGUCUUUGAAGAUGGAGAUGAAACCAUGGCUGACUCUGUUGUCCACAUAUCCUUCACGGAGGAGGAAUUGAAUGGUUUAGAUGGGUUUGAUGGCCUCAUGGACAGUUUUGACGACGGGGAAUUUUUCAGCGGAGAUAAUGCUCAAGCUAUACUGGACGACGAUGAAGCUGCCUUUGAAGAAGAACACAAGUUUGAUGAGGUACAAGUUGCAGAUAAUGUGGCAGAUCAUACCCCACAUGUAGCAGACUCUUCCUGGAUGCUGCCACACGGGGAUGUUACUUUCUCCGCCAUGGUGUCCCAUGAUGGCAGAGACAGGUCACAUGAUCAGUCACAUGGCAAGGUGUCAUUUGGUCAGUUUAUAGGGACCAGAACAGAGGCACUGGGGACACUGGAGGGGGAUGGCCUGGUGCCAAGACCCACAUUUGGCACUGACUUUGUUACUCCUCCCAGUGACAGGAAGCCAGUGGCACUUCUUGCUGAUAUUGAGGAGAGGGACUCUGAGCAGGAUGUGUCUAUCAAAGAGAACAGGAUUCCUCAUCUAGACCUCAAUGACAGCAGAGAGAUGCUAGGAGCCACAGAGGGAAUCCAGACUGCUUACUUCAAGCCAGCAGCAGCUAAAACCAAUAAGUCUGUGACAGCAGAGGAAACCGAUGGAGACCAGACUUUAACAGCCUCACCGAGUCCCCCAAGACUGCAGCAGCAGGGCCCCAUUGCGGGAAGUCCCCUCACCAAGCUAGGGACCUAUAGUAAAUCUGGAGUGGACAGAACACUCACAGAAUCCCUCUCCUCUUCUAAAGGACUGAGAGACAGCAACAUUGUCGCAAUGACUGAAAACAGACAGAGUCCUCUAUGGAAGAAGGAGAGGCUUACAGGAGAAAGGCUUCAGACGCAGACAACUGUGUUUGGGCAAGAAAAAAGUAGGGAUGGACAUAAUGUUAGGAUGGAAACAUCCUCAAAACUUCCACAAGUAUCAGAUGGCGUGGGGUCUCCCAAGGGAGGAGGCACUCCAACAAGAUCUGCUAUACCUCGUCUGGUGCAGCAGAGCGGUGCUGCUAAGAAAUCUGUGGGGGAUACCACUAAUUCAAGAUCAAGAAAUAUGGGGCAAGCUGGUGGUAAAAUUACCCCUGAUCACCGUGAUUCUUACCCAGUUAAACAAAAGGAGGAAAAUAGCAGGGUAUUAGCUGGGUCUUCCUCUCCUAGCAGAAUUGAUGAUAAGCCUAAGACUUCAGUCAGUUGUACAAAGAAACCAGAGAAGAAUUACAAUUCUCAUGCAGAACAGAGCAUGAAAAAUUAUCAUAAUUAUAGUGUUUCUAAGUCAUCUGAGCCUGGCUCAAAAGUGACUCUUGUGCCUUCAGACAAAAGACCAGCUAGUCCACGUAGGUAUCAACAAGAUGACCACAGAAAAAUGGCUGGUAAAUCACGAAUUUUGGAAAAGGAUAGUGUUAUGUCGUCCUCAGAAUCUGACAGCACAGGGAGAGAAGAAAGACAAAAGAAACAGUAUAGUUCACCAAGAAGGCACAAGGUGGCAUUAGAAUCUCCCAGAGUCAAGAAAACCCAGUUUGCCAUAGGCAGCAGCAGCAGUAGUGUCAACAGCACCGAGGAGCAGAACAAUGGCUCGUCACCUGACACAGACAAUGACAAUGUUAGCACAGUCAGUGAAACAGAUUCAUUUCACGAUAGCCAAAGUGAUGCUGAGUCUGUCCAUAGCAUUUUAGAAGAGGUUUCAAUGAGAGUUCAGCCAGGAGCAGGCAUUCCAGAUGAAACCACUUUUCUGGACCAGACAGGUGCAGUUAACAUCAGUGCCAUCAGUAAGUAUAUUGCCUCACUCUCAAUGUCAGCCCCAAUGGAUGACAUAGCAGAGAAAGUUCUUAAGCUUUCCCACAAACAGAGACAAGAAAAACCUAAGCCUCAGAUGCGACAGACUGAAUCACGGCCACCGCCUCCUGGUGUCAACAGAGACACAGCUCCCCCUGGUGUCCACAAAAUGUCAAAAGGUCAGGCAGUAAAAAUGGAAAGACAGACACCUCCUGUCAAUGUUGUAGAAUUUUCUAAACCUUCACAAUCUUCUGUGAGAGACAGAAAAGGCACUCCUGUAUCAUUAGAUGCCAGUUCUGUCUAUUCCACAUCCAGUACCUCAAUGGGCUACUAUAAUGAAAGAGGGUCUAGGCCCCCGCCACCUGGGGACACCACUGGUCAGCAUCAUAAUGUGCCUUCAUCUUCCCAAGGUAGCAGCAGUGCUGGAACUCUUGUGUCAAAACCUUCUGUUGCCCCUACCAGGGAGGUCAGAACUCCACCUGUAGGUGUCACCUCUGAACAGGAUGGCCCAGCAACAACCAGAUCACUGCAGUUGGAGAGGCCCAGUCAGAGUAGACGAACUACUUCGAAAAAUACAUCCUUAUCAGAAAAAUCUUUUCAGCAUGAUAACAAACAAAAAGGGCCUGUACCCGUCACUGGAAGGUCACCACCAGGGGUCAGUUUCAAGAGGUCAUCACAAGAGGUUAGUGAGAGGUCACCACCAGGGUUCAGGAGUGGAAGGUCAUUGGCAGAGACCAAUGGUAGGUCACCACCUGGGAUCAGCACUGGUCACCUGGGAUCACCGACAGGGGUCAGCACUGGAAGGUCACCAACAGGGGUCAGCACUGGAGGGUCACCAACAGGGCUCAGCACCAGAGAGUCACCAUUGUUAAGAACUUCCACAGAUUACAGCAGCAAUGAAAGAAAAACUUCACCAAAACCAGGUAGUUUAGAGACCUCAUCAUCUCCCAGUCUGUCUCCAAGGCAAGAUCAUGCAACAUUUAAAGAAAACAAUGUCAUACAUGGUGGCAGGAGAGAACCAAAAAUUUUCAGUGAGACUUAUGAUACUUAUACUAUACCUUCGUCUGUUGUGAAGCAACUAGACUACAGGGAAAGAGAGCCCCCUAGUGGCAUUUUCUCUGACACUGGUGACAAAGCACCUUUGAUGUCUCAAGAUUUUGCAGAGACCGCCUCACAAGCCACAAGUAUAUGGGGAAGUAUAGAGGAAUAUGAGCGACGUGGAAGGGAAUCUCCUCCCUACAACCAAACCAGGGAUUCACAUUCCACAGUCAGCACUUCUUCUGUCAACAGUAGUUUGGAUAGGCAAAGGGAGGGAAGCUCAAGACACCCUCAUGGUAUGGCAGACAUCCCACUUCCAACUUCACAAGCAUUUGGAACAGAGCAUGGUAGAAACGAUUCCAGUUCUACUUCCAGUGUAUUAAGGUCCUCCAUGGAUCAGCAGUAUAGAUCUCACCCACAAGGGGGCAGCAGUGUACAUUCCUGGCAACCACAGGCAUCAGAUGCAAACAGACCUGCAUUUACAAUGAAUUCACAAACUCCUGCUGGUAUUUCUCAUAUGAGAGAGGCAACUUGGGGGUCAGAAAAUCUCCAGUAUGCUGACAGUAGGCAGGCCAUGUCCAUUCCAGCAGAUUUCCGACCACAGGCAAGAUCGGAACCCGUAGGGGUCAGCAGUAUUCCCCCUGUGAGUGCCUUGUUUCAAGAAAAUGUAGCCCAGACAUUUGUGACACCAAGCAGUAUGCAUAAUUUGUUUGCCACAACCACAGUACCUAGUGGGUAUCAAGUUCCCAGAGACAGGCAGGCCCAGUCCUAUCUGUCCAGUACACAUGGCUAUCAGCUCCCCCCUAGUAUACACACCCCAGGGGAACUCCGCCUCCCCGGGGUCUGCUGUGUGGGACUCUCCUCAAGAACAGAGUUGACCCUCCACAACCCAACUGACCGAUGGGUCCAGUGUGGUCUGGAGCUGACCAGCAUCACUGUGAAUGGCCAAGUCUUGGACACCGUCCUUAACAACCCGUUUGUCUUCAAGAAACUGAAAGUGAUUGUGGAGCCGAGGACUACGGAAAGGAUUGCGCUGGUUUUUGCACCCAAGUACCCUGGAGUAUAUGUUGGUCAGUUGAAUAUUGUGACCAGUCCAGUUGUGAGUGACCAGCCACUUCGGACAUCAGGCUUGCCCUCUAUGGUGACCAUACAGGCAAUGGCUGAGGAACCCAAUAUACAGGUGAAAACAGGCAGUGAAUUUGGCCUGGACUUUGGUCAGUUGCCCUACGGCAGCCAGAAGUCCCUACCACUGACUGUUGUUAAUAAUGGAAAAGCUGCAGUCCCACUAAGGCUGGUCAUUUCUACUAACAAGUCUUCCUGGCACUGCUUCACUUUCGACAGCGAGCAGGCCUCUCCUGAUGUAUCUGUGAUAUCCCAAACCCACCGUCCAGUCACGCCGGCUCUGGCCAGGUCCAUCAUUAACUUGACCAUCCCGGGGAGUGGGGAGCAUGGUCACCCUACUGAGACACACGUCCCUCUAUUCUUUAGAGCACCCAAACAGAGUUUUGACAGAGACCAUGUCCCAGAAAUCCCUGAAGUGCUGACAGCCACAGUAGUGAUAGAAGUGGACAUGCCCAAGUCUGUAGCUCCAGUGCGGAGUGUGUCUGUACGGGCCACAGUGGGCGUGGCCAGGCUACAUGCCCCCAGAAGUCUUGAUAGUGUGGUCCUUCAAGCAGCUGUUGGCUGGUCCGACACCAAGCUCUUACCACUGCGCAAUGCAGGCAACAUAACACUAGAUGUCACUCUGUCCAUCCAUGACUGGCCACAACUGUUUACUGUUUUCCCUACCAGACUACAGCUGGCUCCUGGGAUGGGGGAGGACGUCGUGGUCAAAUAUAAGGCUGUUGACCAACAGCAGAGGACAUAUGAAAGUGCUCUUCACAUGUUAGUGGAACCAGAUGGGCCAGCCUAUGAGACACCUUUGAGGGGUCUGACACAGUCUGUUACCUCCAGGCAAACAGUCAGUGCGCCUCCUUCAGACCAUUUCUCUGCUCAGCCCACACAGCAAGGUUUUCAACAAACUGACACGGGGUUUAGCCGGGGACAGGAUGGACAUCUUCCUGCAGAAAUGACCUACCCAUCAAGAGAACAGAUGAAUAAUCUGCAGACGACAGUUUUUCGACAGUCUGACACUGGACAGUCGAACAUGGUACAGGAUAGUAUUCCAGCAGAGAAAGUGCGUUCUAAGGCCAGUUCUGCCUCAGCAGGCCACCCUCCACAGACAUUGCUAUGUAAUAAGCACUUUCUGUCGUGGGGAGGUGUCCCAGUGGGCCGUUCCCUUCAUCAAAAAACUACCCUGUGCAAUGCCAGUGAUGAGAUGAUUAAGCUGAGACUUAGAAUUAAAGGGUGCACUCCUGAUUUCCAGCUACAGGUGGGAAGCGGGGACAGUGAGAGGCGAUGUGAUGAGAGAGAACUAAUUCUGAAACCAAAGGAGGAGUACCCUGUCAAUGUGCUCUUCUGCCCUACCAGGGUGGCUGCCUUCAACACCAAGCUGGAGAUUAGGCCACUGACUGGAAGGAUUAAGUACCCUGUCCCAUUGUAUGGCUAUGGUGGUGUGAGCAAACUGGUACUCCAUGGGGUAAAGCAGGGGCAGGGGAGUGCAGGGUCCUGGGCCAGCUUAGGAGACAUGUCUGGCUGCUCUCACUGUGUGACACAGGUCCAGUUAAAAAACACAGGUGUCAGGGCCGCUUAUGUGAAGGCACUUUGUUUCACAGAUAUAACCUGCAGACAGCAGCUUCCUGUCAACAAGAUAUCAGUGCAGCCUAAUGAAUGCAUCAUUUUCCCAGAAGAGGAAAAGACAGUUGUGAUAGCUUUCCACCCCACGGAAAGAGAGAGAAUUUUGUGCUCUGACAACCCUAGUUCUGUGGGGGCCAUUGGUUUCUUCUACGGAGAUGAAGUCAGCAGAAAGCUUUUCAGAGUGAGUAAAGGUCGCAGCAAGCAGCUGGCUGCAGAGAAUCCUCUGUGUCAAGUCAACUUUGAUGUGCAAUAUGAUGGGCAAGAUGACAUCAAUGAAGAUCUGGGAACAGCCACGGUUCCGAAUGCUGCCGAUCUCUUCUACUCCACCAUGUCCAGAAUUAUGUUAACUCUGGUGGGCGAGCCAACGCCCAAAAUGGUGGCCAGACCAGACUCCAUUAGGGACAGCUUGAUGCCUCUCAUGGCUGAUGAAUCUGUCGCUGAUUCUACAGUUGCAAACCUGGAUAUAUCCUUCCCAGUGAAGGGCACCCCAUUAGUCAGUCGCCAAAAACUAACUACAGAUGUAAACACAGGGGAAAACUGGUCCAUCAAUCCUCCUCAGCUUAUCUUGGAAACCAGCAGAGACACUAGAGGGAGCCACAUGAAGAGGGUCCAACUCAUUAACUACUAUGACAGACCUCUGAGGUAUGAACUAGCCUGGCCAGACCACUGUGUGAAGGUGACCCCACAGCAGGGGACUGUAGAACCAAGGACUUCAGUGUUGGUGUGCGUGAGUGCCAGCCCCACUCUGUAUUCCAGAGGUAUUCCCCUCCCAUGGUCUGGUGCCGUCCACAUCUCUUGUGAUGAUGGCAAGACACAGACUCUCAGAAUACAGAUCCGAGAAAGCCUGGAGUUACCUGGUCCCACAGAACAUACUACUGAACAACAUCCAUUUCUGAAACCACCUGACAUCCUGCCCCAGUCAGUAAGGAUGAUCUUCACACCACAACAGUCCUCAGCAGCAAAUACUGGGCUGCAGCUGAUUGGUCCAGCUAUAAAAACAGUGACACCAAUAGGUAGCUUGCCUGUGGCAUCCUCAUCAACGUCAUCGCCACCACGAGUGACAGCUAGUCAGGUGGUCAAUUUUCCGGACACUUGUGUUGGGAGAACUGCGGAGACGGAGCUGACAUUGAGGAAUACCAAAGACGAGUCUGUGACUUGGGUGUUGUCGUCAUUGGCGCCUCCUUAUAUAAAGGGUGUGUCUGGAAGCGUUGAAAUCCUCCGUGUGAAAUAUGCAGUGUUCAAGUUAAUGAAGAAGUCGGGUGUAUUGGAGGCACAACAACAGGCAGUGAUUCCCAUUCAGUUUUCACCCCGUGAGGCAGGCCAGUAUUCUCAGCACUGGGAAGUUCACACCAAGCCCCACUCUAGUCUCUCCACAGCUGCAGGUUUACAGAGUCUCAGGGUGCAAAUGUUUGGAGAGGGCACUCCAGCCUCCUCUGCAGGAUCAGAAGAGAAAGAAAACCGUCCAUUGGUGAACAACAGUGAUAAACCAAUUUCCAUGAGGACCGUAGAGGACUCCACCCUUCCUUGCCCGCCAGAGGAGGCAGUGGCCACUCUAACGCUGAAGUCUGAUCACCUGACCUUCCCAGCAACCACCGCCGGCAGCUGUGCCAUACAGAAAGCUCGGGUGAAGAAUGGUACCACCUCCAACCACACAGUAGAGGUUAUACCCCCUCAGCCUCCAUUCCAUGUGAAGCAUCAUAAUUUAAAAGCCAAGAGCCGCCAUUACAUCAGUUUACCUGUGGAAUUCAGGCCAACAUCGCCUGGCUCAUACAAAUCAUUGGUUGUAUUGAGAGUGGACACUGGUCACAGCCUUAGUCUUCAGGUGUAUGGAGAGUGUGUGUGACCACAGAAAGUAAAGAGUGGACCUCAAGGCAGUGGAAAGAAGAGAGCUGGUCAAGGGAUGAAAUUCAAUAUAAUCUUGCCCAGCACAGUCAUGGAGAGUGUCUUAGCCAUGCAAGGGAGGUAUUUAAACUAGACUAUGGUCAUUCUCUGUAAGACCAUAGUGGACAGUCUAGAAUCUGAACAGAGUGAUUUUCCCCUGCAUAGAACUGUGCAAGUGCACCCUGAUCAAGCUCACAGUGACUGGGGAAAAUAUGUUUGAAUUUGAAGUAGGCCACCAGCUUUUCUUGGUUAUAGCAGCAGCACCAUCUAUUUUACUGUCUGUUAACUGUUGCCACUUUCAUUUUGCUUUGUUGGCAUGGUUUCAGCUGCCAGAAAUUGCCUUGAAUUUGAUUGGCUUCCUAAAGAUUUCAAGCAAAUUCCACCUUAAGUUUAAAACAAAUUGAAGCCACAGUAAGUUUGACAAGAUGUUCCAAGUGAAACACUAAAGUAUGGACUCCUUCAUUAAUUUUUUUUUCAACUGAAAAAUAAUAAGUUUAAAUUUUGCAGAUUAGGGGGUAGCAUUAUCAAAACAUGUCUGUUAAAAUAUAACAAUUUACUAAAGAACUAUAUUAUUGGGUGAGUACCAUGUUUUACCCUUCCCCUUGUUUACUGGUAAUGAUGGUUAAAUUCACUGGUUAGUCAUACUUAUGUCUUUCCAUUUUGUCAUUUAAAAAAUCAAUUUCCUGAUUAAGAAUUAUUACGUAAGUAGCAGGAUGUCGGAAAGAAACAGAUUAGCUAACAGACAUCUUGAAAGAACACAUGUUUGAAUGGUUUCCUUGUUAUUUAAGUAUCCUUACUUGACAUUUGGCAAAAUGAAAACAAUAUUUUAAAGAGAAAUUGUCUGGUUUGACAAAUAAACUCUGAUAUACUGUGGAGAGAAAUUAAAUUUAAUAUCACCGAUUCUGAAGAACUGUGCCUGUUUUAUAAAAGAAACAAAUUGAUUUAAUACUUUUUUCUACAAUAAAUCUAUUUAAGUGGAGUGAUUCAACUUUAUCCUGAAUUAAUGUAAACCAAAAUUCUGGUCUAAAAUUUUAGACCAACUUAAAGUUAUAUGAAACCAGCACGUAAUGGAAACCAGCUCGUAAUGGAAACCAGCUCUGAAUCAUAGGAACCCCGAAAAAUUUGUUUUGCAGAUCAGUCUUAUAAGACUAUUUUCUCAAAAAACUUUCAUUUUUUCUUUCCCUUGGUUUUUAUCUUGGAUAUGUAAGAUAUGUGUUUUCAUUACUAUGUUUUUGGGUAGAUAUCAUUUUAUGCAAGUUGAUGAAAGCAGAUCACUAGGUUUAGAUUCAGUCUUCAGAAAUAACCAAUUAUUUAGUAAUAUGUAACCCACCACAAGUUUAUAAGAUCCUCUUCCCCUUGCAUACAGUUCUUUGGGGAGGUGUUCUUAAUCGCCAAAUUCAAAGAUAAAAAAUAAUUUGGACAGCUCCUACGUUUUGGAUCUAAAUCCGGUUAAGAUAUCAUUAUGUCUGAAUGCACAGGAAGUCUGGCUUGCUACCUGUUUUUUUAAUCUUGUUAAUGAGAGCUAACAGCAGCUCAUCCUGUUCUUCAUUAAGCAUGUUCUGAUAAUGCACCUUCCAGACACUUUUAUUAAAUAUUCAAGUAAAAUUGAUUGCGUGUGAGAUAUUGUGUGCUGUAAAUGAUGUGGAAUUAUUGCCAAGGAUGUCCUGUUUUGUUCAGUGGUGUUAAUAUAUUAUGGAGACCUGUGGAAGAUCACCAGCUGCUGGAGACAAAAUUGGCUUAAUUGGCCUUCACCUUGUUGCAAUAAUCAUAACCAGUACUAAUGCACCAAAGCGUCACAGUUGUCAGACUUUCACCUGCACAGCAGCAGCCCAUUCACCCCCCCCCCCUCCUCCUCCCUCCUUGCAAAAUUUGCUACUAAAGUGGCCUUCAGCUUGGCUGGAGACUGAUCGGUGCAGUCGCGCACACUUGCAUCCACUCAGAAAUGAUCAGAUUUGCUUCUUAUUGAACAAUGAGAUUAGGAAUGCAAGUUAUGAUCAUUUGUGUGUGCUUGGUACCUGGUCUGUUGUCAUGAAACUAAUUCAGAAGUUUGAUUUAUGGGGGUUAAUAAUCUACUGCACGGCAGAAACAGACUCUGCACGAUUUGGGCAGCACUUAAGUUUUUUCCUCCUGGAUGAUCUGCCAUCAAUUUGUGGAACAAGAUUUGUGCGUUGUGAAUCAUCUGAAAUGUUUCAUCUGUCUGGAGGUCGGGUUUUUUCUCUAUUUCCACUCAUUUCCUAGGUUUGAUGACCUUCGGAACUGUCAUCGUCUGAAUUGAAGGACGAAUUAUGUAGUAGUGCAGUUAGGUUAUUGAACUUAGUUCGUAUGAACAUAUACACUUAUCAGCACACGUUAAUUUUUGAAGGUAGUAGCUUAAGCAUUGGCACUUAAAAUGAGACCAGUUUAUAAUUGUAUAUUCUCAUGGAGUGAUAAACCAGUGUUUGUUUUAUAAUUAUUGAUGUGAAAACUUUAUUAUGAAGGAUGGGCGAAACCUUUGUCUUGAGUUUAAAAUUGAAUAAUUUGAUUUUCUUUUUGUGGUAACCGGCUUUGCUUUUUUUUAAAGCAUUAAUCGGGCAGCUGGACACGUGCUUGCAUGUAUGCAGACACACACACACACACACACACACACACACAUCAUUUAAUUGAGGAAUUAUUGCAUGUAUGUCAGCUUAUUGAAACUCCUUUCUUUAUUGUGUAGAAAUCUAUAAUAACAGUGGUAUAUUGUAUUGUACUAUCAUAAUAGUAUUUAUGAACAGACUGUCUGGCCCAUACACACUGUGGUGCUAAAUAAUCUGGACUGAAUGAGACGGAUAUCCCUCUCAUGUUAUGAAAAAUUGCUAGUACUAUUUUCACUUUAAUACAACUAUAACAGAGAGCGUCCUAUAUAUGUUAUGUACCACUCUGCCUUCUGAACUUAAUUCUUGUGGUAUAUUCAGGUUUUCACUGGAUAUUAUAAAUUAAAUGCAUUUACUGUUGGACUUCAUAUUCCUAUCUUGUAUUUUAUGCACUGCUGCUGCUUAUAGUAUCAGCUUGUUCGCAUCAGAAAUCAAAUUCAUAUUUAUAUUACAUAUAUUAAAUAUUUAGUUUUAUAAAUAUGUAUUAU